CCAGGUCUACUUCGCUUCACUUCAACGCCAACCGGGCUCCGAUACAACGGAGACUUCAUAUCAGGGACCAGGGACGAAGUUACCGGCACCUACAGAUCCACCUGCUGUAGUCCCAGGGUUCUGAUCAACGCGAUAGAUGCCUUGGGCAACACCAACAGUUACAUCAUUGACAUUACCAGUAAGCAUUGGGCAGAUUAUCUCACACCAGCAGCAAUAUCAGCUAUAGUCCUUGGUGUUAUAGUUCUGAUAGCUUUGCUAGCUCUCAUCGUCUUCUUGAUAUAUUGGUGCGUUAAACGGAGAAAGGAAGAGAGAGAACUGCCCACGUAUACAUCGAGAAACAUGAACUAAUCUCCGUUAUAAUGAGGGGCUACCUAAAGAAAGAAUGCCGUUUAUUAUAUACUUUAAAUUAGCUUCGUAAUGAUGUAUUGAACGGAUUGAAGGACCAAUGACCUUGAAAACCAAUCAAGGUUACCGGAAUAUUUAAAAAAUAGCAACACAAACAUGAUUUAAUAUAUGCUCAGCGUCAAAAUAUGCUGUUUUAACUCUUAAAGCGUAUUUCUAUGCUGUUUUUUAACUAUAAUUUUAUUUAUUUGUUUGUUUUCUGUACUAUGUGUGCCUGUAUUUUGGGUGUAUAAUAUUUGAUUUUAUUAUUUCAAAUAUUUCUAUAUUUCUCUUUUGAUAAAAGAUGAUGUAUGAUUUAAAAAGAGCCAGUCAUUUUAAACGUUUAUUAAAAAUUUGACCACUAAUUAUUUUUGAGCAAAAUAAUCUGUGACAUGCAAAUAUUUUGGCAGUGAUGAUAAGUAAAUUUUCAACCAAUAUGCUCCAAUUUUUAUUUGAACUACAAAGUUAUAACUCAAAAUACAUGCGCAUUAAGUUCGAAAAAAUGGCAAGAGUUUAAAGUGAACAUGUCAGUUGGCAAUUUUUAACUUAAGUAAUAAUUUUAAAUAUAUUUAAGUUAUUUUUUAUUUUAUUAUAUCAAUGUAUACUAUAAAAUGAAAUAUGAAUAUAUAUCUAUAUUCCCUAUUCGUGAAUAUUUUAUAUUAUUAUUACUGAAUAUGUAAUAAAUUUUAAUUUUAAUAAUAUUUAUGUUAAGCAACAGAUAAUAAAAUAAAAUAAUUAAUAUUUAUUUUUAAUUAAAUUGUUAAAACCUUAUAAAUGUUAUUAAAAAACACCACAUUUGUUGAAUACCACAAAAGAUGACUUAAAAUAAAUUAAUACGGGUAAAUUUAUAUUGUCGUUAUAAUAUAGUAUUAUCAAUGGAAUGAGCCAUAAUAAUUAAUAAGGAUUUAUUUUAUAUUGUUUUGAAAUAAAACAUUUUGUGACGAGA